UCCUCUCACCCCUUCAGGAAGCCUGAUCCACAUUCCUGGCACAGGUCCAAACUGACAGCGGAGACAUUGAGACCCACUGGGCCGGCACCUGUGUGGCAGGCGAAACAUGAGUCACGUCAAGACAUCCAAACUAACCAGCGGCAGCUCUCCAGCCAGAUCAGCUCAAUGAAUAAUAUGGAGCAACUUGCGCACACCUCCAACCCCUUUCCGCAAGGCCACAUGUCCCCAACAAAGUACCUUAGUAGCCCUGAACUGCCCCAUGGACCAGGAAGUAAGAGAGAUUCUGGAUUCAGUUGUUUAUCCAUCAGUUCCAGCCCUCCUGUCCAGGAUACUUUCCCAUCUGGUAGGAAAGGCAACAACAUUGAGAAUAUUUUCUUCAAGGGACUCCCAAGUGAAGGACCCAAUCAGGGUGAGGACGUCAGGUACCUCCACCCAUUGCUGGGUUACAGAGGCUCAGAGGGGUUGUGGGUGGAAGAGCAGUCUGCCUCUUGGCUCUGUAGCAAAACAAGGCCCAGCACUGGCACAGUGUGGCAAGUACCAGAGCAAAAGAAGUCCAAGUCACCCCCUCCACCUCCACCCUUACGUAGUGACAGUUUUGCUGCCACAAAGGUCUUUCCUUACUUUGAGCAACCUGGCAGCUGGUUAAAAAGCCACAGCCAACCAAUGGAUAAACUGGCAGAAAGUAAUGACCAAAACCGCAGCACCCCACACCAAGAAAAACUCUUAGGACAGAAGCAUACCUUUAACCACCUGCCCACCAAAGACUUCCUGCACCCUGGAACAGUGGUCAGUAGUAACCACAGGGAGCUGCAACCCAAUAAACUCUUUUCUUUGUCCAGUACUGACAUCAGACAUACCCAGGCUCAGUUCCCCAACCUUCCUGCUCACCAGAGGCAGUACAGUGAUGAAAGCCCCUUUUACCUCAAGACCAAAACAAGUACUCCGACUAAGACUCAGAGUGUGGGAAGCUACUAUCGCAGUCUCCAAGACCUCCCCAUCAGUGCCUCCAGCAGCAAACAAGUCAACCACUCCACUGCACUAACCAACCCAACUCUGGACACAUAUUACUGCUCAUUAAGCAAACAUUUGGGUCAAAGAGAUGAACACCAAGCCAGACAGUGCCAGGCUGAGAGCAACAGGGGGGGAACGGAAAAACCCCACCGGCUGAACACCAAUGAGCCAGACCUCCAAAGUUCCUUCAAGACAAAUGUUACAGUAAAGUUCUCCCAACUUCAGUCCCAGAAGCCUUCCAGUGAACAUAAGGAGCACAAAGGUCUGGUCGGUGGUCUACACUGUGACCUUUGGUGUCACACUCCAGAUGACGUUACAAACAGGACUGAUUUUCCGACACAUUUUCCAUUAAAUCAAGGUAUUGAUCCUAAAACUGGACUUCUAAGACACCAAGAUCUAUGGGUGAACCAAGACGUACAUAAAGUAUCACCCCUGAAAACCCCACUGCUCCACUCCCUGACCCAGGAGAGUCAGAAUCUGGCCAAGAGUCAACCAGCAGCUAGCAGUGCCAGUAACAUUUUGGCCCAGGCUUGUGGAGAUACCGUGACCAGCGUGGGUGGAAGAGCCAGCAGACGCAGCGACCGUUAUGCCACAACACUUCGCAAUGAAAUCCAAAAGAAGCUCACUCAGCUGCAGAAGAGCUGCAGUGCUGCAACUCUGACUUGUGCAGAUGAACAGGCUGAGGAGUGGACAGCUAUAGACACCCCUUCAUCUUCUAACAUCUCCUUCUCCACUACCUACAAGGACCACCUGAAAGAGGCACAGGCCAGGGUCCUCCAGGCAACCUCCUUUCAGAGACGAGACCUAGAGCCCAUUGAACCAGAAACUCAGGGAGGUAAAACUGCUGGUGGACAAAAUCCACAGUUGUGUGGCAGAAAGCGCGCCCCCCUGGUGAAAAGGACCCACUCUUUCUCAGAGCCAGACAAGAUUGACAAAGUGGGAGUAGAGGUGGAAUCUCAAACAGGGUCUUUUGGAGAGAGAAGAAAACUGAUUGAGGCCUUUUCAAAGCAGAUGUGUCCAGGUCUGAGCUCAGGUGUUACAUGUGGUACAGGAAACCAGACUCAGACAUCCUCAGACAUGAUGAACCAUCUCAGCCCUGGAUGUAAGCAAGUCUUAGUACACCAACAGAGGCUCGGAACCUUUGCAGAGUAUCAGGCUACCUGGACCAAACAGAAGAAACCUUCAGAGGCCAAGACACAAGGGAGGUAUCACUCAGCAGAGAACAUUCUGGAUGCUGGAGCAGAAGAGAAGGUUAGUUGUGUCCAUGAGAGAUCCAGGUCUUCUCCAUCUGCAGAUUUCUACACACAGGUGAGUCUCGGCUACGUGGACCUGAAUGAUGAGACAAGUCUUGUUGAUGGUCCGAUCCUGCCCAUGGGGUCGACGCCCCCCUCCAGGUCAGGUUCUGUUCAGUCAGCCACUGACACUUCUGAAAGAUCCAUUUCUGGAUCUCGGUCUCGCCUCCAGUUCAGAAGUUUAAGAAUCCGCUCCUUUGUGCUUCCUGAACGCAGCGGUCCAGCUGCUCACAGUCCAGAGUCCUAUGUGAGGCUCCGGUACCAGCCUGACCGCAGCCCACAGUCAGCUCCCACAGAGCCGAGAUGGAACAGCUCAGACCUCUGCGACCACAGCACCAAACCAGAUGCCGCCGCCUCCUCGCUAACCUCAGUCCCCUCGCGCCCUCUCAGCCCGAACCCUGGACCUCCAAACACCAAAACCACAUCCUCCUGCUGGAACUUCCUCCCUGAGGCCCAAGCGGACCUUCUGUCCUGCUCUCACACCCAGUGCCGCAACACGACCCAGGACGUCACCACAGGCCCCGCCCAGUAUGGCUCUCCUCACCUCAGCACGACACCCAGACCGGGAGGAGUCAACAGCGAGGAGGAGGAGCCGCUACGCUCCUGGACGGGCGCUCUGUCCCUCCUGUCCACAGACAGAUCACGAUCUCCUUCACCUCUGUUUGUACCACUGAGGCUGACGGACAAACCGCCAUCAGCAUCCACGCCGCCAUCAGCAUCCACGCCGCCAUCAGCAUCCACGCCGGACGCCUCAGCGCCGCUCAGGAAAGUCCCUGUGACCAUCAUCCACACUGAGACCAGAGCCGAGCACGAGGACAGGACCCAGACCUGGACCUGGAACCGGAGCCACCUGCCUCAGAACAGCCUGGUCUGUGCUGUCCUGCAACCGGGGCCCUGCGCGGUGUCUCUGGGUGGCGCCGAGUGGCCGGCCUCCUCCAUGUUCAGGUCCUACACCCGCCGGACUGCUCAGGACCCUGGACAGCGUCAGGGAGCUGAUGGUGCCGUGGAACAGGACAAACACUCAAACGACGAUGCCAAGCAAGAGGAGCCGGUCAGGGAGGAUCAGGUCCAACCCAGGAGGAUCUCUGCUGGUUUUCGGCUCCCCACCUCAUUGCCAAGAAGUGCAGAGAGGCUGGGCGAGGAGGGCGUGGCCACCGCCGCCUCCCUGGUUCCUAGCUCCUCCUACUACCACACGUCGGCUCCCAAAGCUGAGCUCCUCAUCAAGAUGAAGGACAUGCAGGAGCAGCUGGAGGAGCAGGACUCAGAGGACGAGCUGGACGUGGACCUCGUAGAGAAAAAGGCACUGCUGAUCUCCAGCCUGGCAGAGAAGCUGGAGGUGCUGCGGGAGGCGCGGCAGAGCCUGCAGGAGGACAUGGAGGACAACGAGGCUCUGGGCCGCACCGUGGAGGCCGUCGUGCAGCGCUGCUGUCAACCCAACCAGCUCGAAAAGUUCCGCAUGUUCGUGGGCGACCUGGACAAGGUGGUAAACCUGCUGCUGUCACUGUCGGGGCGCCUGGCCCGGGUGGAGAACGCCCUCAACAGCCUGGAUGAUGCAGCUCCACCUGACGAGAAGUGCACCCUGACCAGCAAGCGCCAUCUACUGAUGCGUCAGCAUGAUGACGCCAAAGAGCUGAAGGACAACCUGGACCGCCGGGAGCGGCUGGUGUCCAGCAUCAUGGAGGCGAGCCUGGACACCGAGAGCCUGGAUGACUAUCGGCACUUCGUCAAGAUGAAGUCUGUGCUCAUCAUCGAGCAGCGCAAACUGGAUGACAAGAUUAAACUGGGCGAGGAGCAGCUGAAGUGUCUGAUGGACAGCCUGCCGCCGGAGCAGCAACCGACAACCGCGUUCAGUCUCAUCUUCUCACAGUAGUGCCAUUACUCCGUCAGAUUACUCAGUGUGUCGUGUCACAGUGCCAGAAUCCAGCUCUCUGUGUCAGAUUACAGAUUAGAAGUGUGAGAGGAUUUUUUUUUUGA